AUGGGUCCAGUCCCUUCAUCCCCAACACCAGACGGAGCUUCUGGCCCUGACAAAGGAGACAUCAGUUUGGGACCGGAUCCAGAGGGAGCUCCGACACAUCUGACCCAGUGUCCGCAGGCCGAGGUCUACAGCGUCUCGACUCUGGGCCGAGGUCUACAGCGUCUCGACUCUGAGCCGAGGUCUACAGCGUCUCGACUCCGGGCCGAGGUCUACAUAGUCUCGACUCUGGGCCGAGGUCUACAUAGUCUCGACUCUGGGCCGAGGUCUACAGCGUCUCGACUCUGGGCCGAGGUCUACAGAGUCUCGACUCUGGGCCGAGGUCUACAGCGUCUCGACUCUGGGCCGAGGUUUACAGCGUCUCGACUCUGGGCCGAGGUCUACAGCGUCUCGACUCUGGGCCGAGGUUUACAGCGUCUCGACUCUGGGCCGAGGUCUACGGCGUCUCGACUCUGGGCCGAGGUCUACAUAGUCUCGACUCUGGGCCGAGGUCUACAUAGUCUCGACUCUGGGCCGAGGUCUACAGUCUCGAGUCUCUCGGGCUGGGCCGAGGUCUACAUACGUCUCGACUCUGAGCCGAGGUCUACAGCGUCUCGACUCCGGGCCGAGGUCUACGGCGUCUCGACUCAGGGCCGAGGUCUACAGCGUCUCGACUCUGGGCCGAGGUCUACGGCGUCUCGACUCAGGGCCGAGGUCUACAGCGUCUCGACUCUGGGCCGAGGUCUACAGCGUCUCGACUCUGGGCCGCAGGUCUACGGCGUCUCGACUCAGGGCCGAGGUCUACAGCGUCUCGACUCUGGGCCGAGGUCUACAGCGUCUCGACUCUGGGCCGAGGUCUACAGCGUCUCGACUCUGGGCCGAGGUCUACAGCGUCUCGACUCUGGGCCGAGGUCUACAGCGUCGCACUUUCACUGA